AAGCAGGGAGAGGGCAGGGACUCGCUGAAAGCUAGACACCCAGUCAGUGACAGACCCAGGACUGGGAAGUCCGUUCGAGUUUGAAACAAUAAAUACUGGGCGUCAGUCCCAACGCGAGCCUGCUCCAGCUCUUCCAGCUCUUUUGGAGCGCUAGGCCCAUCUGGCCCCGCGCUGAUCUCCGGGCGGACUCUUAGCCGCGCAACUGGCACAACCAUGACGAAAGCCUUGCAGCCGGGGUUAAGAUAGAAGAGCUCCUUUCAACAUUUCUUAUAAUGCAAGUCUUGUGCUGGUAAAUUCCUGCAGCUUUUAUUUAUCUGGACUUAAGACAGAACUAUCUCUGUUUCUGGCUCCACUGCCGGUGAAGGAGUUUUCAUUCAAGACUUUCCGAGGAGAGGUGGAGAAACCUAAAGACUCAGGAGAAGAGGUCCUUUGAACCAGAUGGGGCAGUAGUUCGUCUGCUUUUCUCAGCAUGAAUAGAUCCUUUCCUCAAGGAUUUUCUGAUGUGCCCUAAGGUCCAUGUAACUACAAGGGCUCUUUAUCACCGUAAGUGCCACCCUGACGCAAAGCCACUCAGAACUCAAGAAUCAAGGCAAAAUGGAUGCUGCAGUGACAGAUGAUUUCCAACAAAUUCUGCCUAUUGAACAGCUGCGCUCUACUCAUGCUAGCAAUGAUUAUGUGGAACGGCCUCCAGCACCCUGUAAACAGGCCCUCUCCAGCCCUUCCCUUAUCGUGCAAACCCACAAAUCUGAUUGGUCCCUGGCUACCAUGCCUACUGCUCUCCCCCGCAGUCUCAGCCAGUGCCAUCAAUUGCAGCCCUUGCCUCAGCAUCUGAGCCAAUCUAGCAUUGCCAGCUCAAUGUCCCAUAGCACCACUGCCUCUGAUCAAAGGCUCCUGGCCAGCAUUACGCCCUCACCUUCAGGCCAGUCCAUCAUCCGAACCCAGCCUGGAGCAGGAGCCCACCCAAAGGCUGAUGGUGCUCUGAAGGGAGAAGCUGAACAAGCUGCAGUGCACCCCAGUGAGCACCUCUUCAUCUGUGAGGAGUGUGGGCGCUGCAAAUGUGUCCUCUGCACAGCAGCUCGCCCUCUCCCCUCCUGCUGGCUGUGCAACCAGCGUUGCCUUUGCUCUGCUGAGAGCCUCCUCGAUUAUGGCACUUGUCUCUGCUGCGUUAAGGGCCUCUUCUACCACUGCUCCACGGAUGACGAAGACAACUGCGCUGAUGAGCCCUGCUCCUGUGGGCCUAGCUCUUGCUUUGUCCGCUGGGCAGCCAUGAGCCUCAUCUCCCUCUUCUUACCCUGCCUGUGCUGCUACCUGCCCACCCGUGGAUGCCUCCAUCUGUGCCAGCAGGGCUAUGAUAGCCUCAAGCGACCAGGCUGCCGCUGUAAGAGGCACACCAACACUGUAUGCAGAAAGAUCUCCUCUGGUAGUGCGCCCUUCCCCAAGGCCCAGGAGAAGUCUGUAUGACCUUCCCACAAAAUGGAUCCAGAGCUUUCUCCUUCUAGUCCCCAUCAGUAAAGCGUAGGCUUCAUCUUGGAAGAGGGGAAGGAGGAGUAAAGUAGCCAAAGUUAGGGCUUCACCAAUUUUGUUCCUGCAGUGUCAGGGGGAUGGCCAAGGACAUCCUGGCGCAGGAUGCCUUGUUCUUUCUCACACUAUCUAUCCCGCUCCUCUUUAGCCUUUUUACACCCCGCCUUCUCAGCCCUUAUGGCUGUCAUGGCAAAUUCAGGUGAUACAUAGGCAUGAGAUUUGAACACUUGAGGGCUAACAGAGCCAGCAACGUGGAGGUUUAGGGGCUCCCCAAUGUCAUGCCUCUCGCUGCAGGCUCUGAGUGUCACUCUGCUUUCCACAGUGCCUUUGGAAGCUUUCUUCUAAGAUGGUUUUCACAGGUCCAUGUGGAAAACAGUCACUAUUCCAGGGAAUCUGACCCUUCUCCCUGUUUACUGCCCUUCUCUCCUUUAGUCUUCCCUUUUUCCCCUCCUCUCCUCUUCUUUCAUUACUGUCUUCAGUACUCCUGCCCCCUCCAUUCUCACCCUCUCUACUUUGACUUUUCCUCUCUUUUCGUCCUCUCUCCCUUCCUUUCUUCUCUUUCCCACCCUCUCUCCCAGAUUAAUCCUUUAUCUGCCCAUGUUUCUGUCUUGUUUGAUCUCUCUCUCUCUCUCUCUCUCUCUCUCCCCCCCCCCGCCCCUCUUCCUCUCAAACACGUCCAAAAGUGCUGUUUUUCUGUAGGUGUUUCCUUUGACGCCCAACUUUGCUAUGCUAUACUAUUUACUAAUGUUUAUUAAGGGAAGUGGAUUCCUGUAAUGAACUGAUCACUAGCAAUAGCCUAUAUCCUGACGUGUGUGUGCACUCAUAACCACACUUAGCUGUUGGUGAGCAUAUGAGACAAAGUUAUGUCACAUUUCCAGGUUUCAUUAGUUGGAGUUUUACUCCCUUUCCCAAUAACCAACUUAUAGUACUGACAGAUUCCACUAGCAUGCUGAAUAGGGUAGUAAAUCAGGAUGCUCAUAACUUUGUAUGUCUGACCCAAGUGCCAAAGGCAGACGUGCUUUAUAGCUAAAUGAACAAAGCAAAGGAUAUUACAGAGGUCCGUUCUCUCUUAGAAGCUAACUGCCCUGAGACUGCAUGGCUCAGGCCUUAAUAAUGGACAUAAAAAGUCAUAAAACUUUAGAGCUGGAAGGAAUCUUAACUGCUAAUCUAGUUCAAUGCCCUUAUUUUAUAGAUGGGAAAACUGAGACCUGGAGAUAGGAACGGAUUUGCUCAAGGCCGCACACGGAGUUUAUAGCAGAGUUGGGACUGGAAUACAGGCCUUCUGACUCAGUUCAAUACUCUCUACCCUGCAUCACAUUAAGUCAUGGGACUUUUCUCCUAGGACUCUAUUAACAAUGACAGAAAGCCAUUCCCAUUCAAUGUUCAGGAACCAUGCCGAGUUAGUGUGGUGGUCUUUAUGCAGUGCACGGCGGGGAGCUAAUUAACUAUCAGGUGUCAAGGCUGCCCCCAGUGGACAUCACCUUUGGCUCUGUCACCUUGUAGAGAAGCUCGUGUGGAAAAGAAAAGCUUAAGAACGCCCUAACCAAGCUGUAUCUUCGCCAUUGCACCUACCUUUUGCUGCACACACUGUGCUCAUUCCUGGCUUUGUCUGCAAUGGCAAUUGCCUGAGAACCUAAAUUUCAGCAACAGUGGAAAACUGAGAUGAAAGAUGUAUAAUGCAGAGAACUGACUUAUCUUUUUAAAAAUAUCAAGAGCCUGUGCUGUGAAUACCCUUCAUUGGGAAAAGGCUACAGUGGUGAUGGCAGGCCCCUAAAGACUGCUACUAAAAGACACAGGAAUUAGAUACAGUUUCCCUCUGUAAGUGAAUCCAAAAUUCACUACAGAAUUCAGAGAUUGAGGGCACUUGCUUGAAAUCAAGGUGCUCCAACUUAGUUUAAGACUUCCAGACUCUAACUUUAUAUAUCAUCUCUUUGAAAGUGUGCAUGGAUGUGUAUUGCAGGGUGGAGACGUGGGGAGAAAUGUAUAGUCAUACACAGGGGGAAGAAAAAGAAGGGAACAUUGAUGUCCCUUGGUUGGAUAUAUAGACUAUAGAGAUACGUGCCACUCGGUCUUUGUUGGUUCUGAAUCUUCCUGAAGUGUACUGACAUUUGGGCACACAGCCCCACACCUUCACUUUAACCUCCUCUUCUAGAAUUGCUUUGCUCUAUUUUUGUAUAUAUAAAUAUGUUAUGGUGAUUAUUAAUAAUGUUAAUGAUAUUGCUGCAAAUGGUGCCAUAUAUAAAGUUUGGCUUCUUGGAACAUUUAUAAAUCUAAACCAAUACCUGUAACCUCUUAAGUUGCUUUCAAAUCCUUCAAUUUUAAGUAAUUUUUUUUAAUCUUACAAGUCUGCUUGAUUGAACUUUGAAUUUAUCGACCCCUAAAAGCUGUGCCCAGUUCUCUGGGUCAAGCUGGAUGGUGAUGAGUAGCAACACACACUUCUCCCUGCUUCUGCCUGAAAUUUGCUUAGAGCCAAGAUAUAUAAGGAUUCUAUGACACUAGUGCAUUGUUCCUGGAGCUAAAGUUAUUCUAUGGAUGUUUGCUUAUUAGUUUCAGGGCCCCAAAUAACACAAGUCCCUCCUUCUUGAUAGCUCCUUGAUAACCCAAUCCUGCAGUCCUUACUCAGGCAAAUUGUGCACUGCCAGAAGGGCUCUGGGCUCUGCCAUAUACCCAGAUGAGCUCUUCUCAGUGGAUUUCUAAAUGGCCUUACACUUGGUAGAAGAAACUGAAGGGUUACUCAAAUGUAGUUGCAAUGUGCAAUCUGCUGCUGAGUCAGGGCUUUCACUUGUGUCCAAGUUGGCCUGAUAUGGACUGCAUCUGGUUUACGUAUAGAUGGGUCCUGUUGGGGUAUGCGCAUGGACGUGGGAGUGAGUGUGCAUAUGUAUCCCUUCUGUGAUAUAUAUAUAUAUAUAUAUAUAUAUAUAUAUAUAUAUAUAUAUAUAUAUAUUUGUAAAUAUAUAUUCACACAUCUCUAUAUAUUUUAAUGUAUUGCACAUGUAUAUUUAAAAUAUAUACGAAAG